AGAUUAUGACGCCGAGCGGUGCAACAACCACUACAAGGGUGCAGCCACUCUCAGAGCAGCCAUAGGGUUUAUUUCCAUAUUUACACUGUGGCUAAACCAGAUGACCGUCCUGAAACCGCCACUGACUUAAUCACUGGAUCCACCAAACGUUUGCGCGUUUAUGGCCUUUACUCUGCAUCCAGACAAUGUGGGAACGGGGAACAGGUUUCACAGCGGCUGCUGUUUCGUCACAGUCACCCGCCGUAGAUUAGCAGAUUGCUCCGUUGGAUCUUUUGUGAAAUCGGUUGCUUCGCGGCCUCAGACUCGGCCUCUCUUUUCCCAGCAUGCUCCUGGAGGUUGUUCUUCCGUCCCUGUGACGUCCGUGUGUCAGGGCGCCGCUGCGGGUCGGGUUCUGGGAGUCAGGGCAGUUUGAGUAAAGGGUUUUAUUAGCCCAUUGGGACAGCGUUACUUCAUAGUUAAUGAGUCGCUGGUAAUCUGUGGAGAUUAGUGGCGCAAUCAGACUCUGCCCAAGUGUCGCAUUCUGAAAUGGCCACUUUUCUGUUGCCCUCGUUUUGGGGAAGGAGCAACGUUCAUGACUUGUGUGUUGGAAGGAGAGGUUUUGUAGCUUCCAGUGUAACCUUUGCUUCGUGACAUAAGAGAAUCGGGACGUGGUCUUUAAAGCCUGCGUUUGUUUUGAGUUUUUGCACACAGACUGAGCCUAAGAUGAAAACUCUCAUUGUUUACUCUAUUCAAAUCAUAAUUCUCUCAACUGUAAUUGAAGACAAGCAAACACAAACACUCCGCUACACUGUAUAAUAAGUAAUAUAUAUUAUUCUAAUUAUAAACACUAUUUAUUUAGAUUUAGAACUGGUUUGUUGCUGUGUUAUACUGAAUCAAGCGUUUCACUAUAUUCUGUAUCCAUAUUCUCUCCUGUCUCUCUCUCCUCUGUCCUCUCACCCCGUCCAGUCGAGGCAGAUGGACGCCCACCAUGAACCUCCUUCUGCUGGAGGUUUCUUCCUGUCACCUACAGAAGUGUUGCCAUAGGUUUAAGGUUCCUACAUGACUCUAUGUGACUAUUUUGAUACUUUGCACAAAGUCUUGACUCUUUCCUGUGCUGUCGAUGGUGCCCGUGUUUUGGCGCAAGGCCUCUUCUCCACUCUAGUGAAAGACAACAUUUCCCAUGGUCCCACCGUCUUCUCUGUUUUUUUUUUUUUUUUUUAUCAGUGGCUCCAAGGUUCGUCGCUGCACGGAGGGUGGGCUCUGGGUCGAACUUUCAAACGGACCAAAAGCAGCGGCUCAGUCCGCGAACUGCGCACAGCUGCGCGCAAACGCACGCAAACCGUGUCGCGCUCGCGAGCUCCGACGGCUCCCCUCGUUAGCGCAUUCCUCGGGGGAUUGCGCGCGGUUUACGGGCUAAGCCGUGGCCCUUUGUGCGUUUUCACGUGGAACAGCCUUUAAAAGGCCCGUUUGGCCGCAGACGACGCUGCGCGACCGGAGCGGCGCUCGUGUUCGCGUUUCGCCCGCGUGCCGAGUUUGAUCGCGGCGCUUCAACAUGUCGACCUACACGCUGCCCGAAGGAUUCUCGGACUUUGAUAUGUUCACGUUCGGCACGGCGCUGUUGGUCGCUGGGGUUCUCGGGUUCUUCCUCAAUGGCAUCAGCAUCCUGUCGUACCUGCGCGUGAAGGAGAUGCGCACGCCCAGUAACUUCUUCGUGUUCAACCUGGCUGUGGCCGACCUCAGCUUGAAUAUCAACGGACUCACGGCUGCUUAUGCGACUUAUCUAAGAUAUUGGCCCUUCGGUCAAGAGGGAUGCUCCAUUCAUGCUUUCCAGGGCAUGAUUUCAGUCCUGGCCUCCAUCAGCUUCUUGGCUGCUGUCGGUUGGGACAGAUACCACCAGUACUGCACCAGACAGAAGCUUUUCUGGAGCACAGCUCUCACCAUCACCAGCAUCAUCUGGAUCCUGUCCAUCCUCUGGGCUGUGUUUCCUCUCCUGGGCUGGGGCGUCUAUGACUUUGAGCCCACGGGGACGUGCUGCACGCUGGACUACACCAGAGGGGACAGGGAUUACGUGACCUACAUGCUGAUGCUGGUGGUGUUCUACCUCUUAUUCCCAGCUUUCACCAUGAUGUCGUGCUAUGACGCCAUCUACAAACACUUCAAGAAGAUCCAUCACUACAGGUUCAACACUAAUGUGCCUUUGAGGGUCCUGCUGAUGUGCUGGGGUCCCUAUGUUCUCAUGUGCAUCUACGCCUGCUUUGAAAACGCAAAGGCUGUGUCUCCAAAGCUGAGGAUGUUGCUUCCAGUUGUUGCAAAGACGAAUCCGAUCUUCAACGCCCUCCUCUACUCUUUUGGAAACGAGUUCUACAGAAGUGGCCUUUGGCAUUUCCUCACUGGCCAAAAGAUUGUGGAGCCAGUUAUCAAGAAGUCAAAAUGAAGCGAACUCGGUUUCAGCAUCAUUUUUCUCUUAUUAGACAUUAUUUACUGCCGGUGAUACUUCGGCACCUCUGUUACUUUUAGUUCUCUGUGCAGUUUAAUAUUUCCACGUGUGGACAGUAGAUGCCACAGGGCUCUGGGACCUCUGCGUUUGUGGCAGCGCAGCCUUGUGGUGGAUCUGUGUUAAGCUGCAGAAGGUGCUGCAGGUACUUCACGCAUUCCCAACCUUUACUUUCAUUUACUCUACUCUGCUCCUCUGUCCAAUAAAACACAAUUGCUGCUCAGUGCCUUAUGUUUUUUAAAUGAGCUGUAUGAGAUGUUCCAUUCCACAGUGCAAAGAAGACUGUUGAUGAUCAAUUAUCUCAGUGUUUCAAUAAAUUGACAAGUUUGUUCAA